AUGGAAUUGUAUCAGGGGCUCGGUGAGCUCUGCCAGGACGUCUGGGGUAAGUGUGGGCAGGCCCAGCCCAGCCCAGAGGCUGCUGGCCCCAGGGAGGUUCUCUCCUUACGCCUCUUCUCUUUGCAGGACCCUCCAGCUCCUUCGGCUCCGUGCGCAUUCACUCACCCUCGGGCUGGGCUCCGCUCCGUACUCGAGUGGGUCAGCCAGUGGACCGAGGAGGCUCUUGGCCGCAACUCUGCCGGGAGAGUCCGAGGAGAGAAACUCUUGCGCAGGAAAGUUCCAGCCCCUGUAGGCCGGCCGCGAACUCCAAGCUCCGACCAGCAGGACAGGUCCGGCCAGCGGCCGCCCACCGAGUGGGGCCGCGAUGCGGACCUCGUGGGCGGUGCACGUGCUGCGGACGCUGCGGGAGCUGCUCGCCUUCGUGCUGCUCAGCUACACGGUGCUGAUCGGGGCGCUGCUACUGGCCGGCUGGACCACCUACUUCCUGGUGCUGAAGUGACAGCUCCGGGCACCAUGGCCCCCGCCUGCCCGCAGCCCCUACGAGGCCGGGGCGGGGGGGGGGGCGUGCAGACCACUCCUCCCGCCCCGGGGACCGCGCGCCGGUCCGGCCCAAACUUUCCGACUUAG